AUGAGGAAGCUUCCUUCUGUUCUGGCUAGGAUGCUCACUGCUGGGGCCAGUGGCUCCCCAGUGCUUCCUGACAUGGCUGAAGUGCGGAGCAAAUUGAGAGAUAUAGUGGGAGCAUCUACUAACUGGAGGGAUCAUGUGCAAGCAAUGCAAGAAAGAAAAGCUCUUCAUACUCUACUGGCAAAAUGUCAGGAAGAUCUCCCUCCUAGGAGAAUGAAGGAUAGCUACUUGGAAGUUAUUCUACCUCUAGGAAGUCAGCCUGAAAUAAGAGAAAAGUAUCUGAAUGUACACAACAGUGUAAGGUUUGGAAGGAUACUUGAAGAUCUUGACAGUUUAGGAGUUCUUAUUUGCUACACUCACACCAAGCAGGAAAUGCAGCCAAGGUCUCCCUUAUCUAUAGUUACAGCUCUGGUGGAUAAAAUCAAUUUGUGCAAGAAGAUUAUACAUCCAGACUGUGACAUCAAAUUCACAGGCAAUGUUUCUUGGGUUGGGAAGACCUCAAUGGAAGUGAAGAUGCACAUGCUGCAGCUUCAUGAUGGUGAUUACAGCCCUGUGUUAGAUGCAACCUUUGUCAUGGUGGCUCGGGAUCCGGAGAAUAAACGGCCAGCAUUUGUUAAUCCACUUGUCCCUGAGAGCCCUGAGGAGGAAGCAAUCUUCAAGCAAGGGGAAUUGAACAAGCUGAAGAGGAUUGAUUUCAGCACUGCUUCCUUACUGAAAAUGGCUCCCACUGCAGAAGAAAGAAAUAUUAUACAUGACAUAUUCCUUAAUACAUUGGACACAAGGACAGUAAGUUUCCGGAGUCGUAAAUUACCACCUAAUUCAGUGUGGAUGGAAGAUACAAAGCUAAAAGGUUUACAGAUUUGCCAUCCUCAGGAACGGAACAUCUUCAACAGGAUCUUUGGGGGUUUUCUCAUGAGAAAGGCAUUUGAACUGGGAUGGGCAACUGCUUGCAGCUAUGGUGGUUCCAGACCCUUCAUUGUAUCCGUUGAUGAUAUCAUGUUUCAGAAGCCAGUUGAGGUUGGAUCCUUAUUACUGCUUUCUGGACAGGUCUGUUACACAGAAAAGAACUACAUCCAGAUUCGAGUACACAGCGAGGUUUACGAUGCAGAUACCAGGGAGCACCAUACUACCAAUAUCUUCCACUUUACAUUUAUAUCAGAAAAUGAGGUCCCAAGCGUAGUGCCUAAAACAUAUGGAGAGUCCAUGUUGUAUUUGGAUGGGAAGCGACAUUUUGCUGCAGUCAUGAAAGAAAUCUGACAAGCACUGGGUGCUGCAUUGGCAGUGUAGCAGCAUGCUGGCUUGGAAGGAGUUGUCACCAGAGCUGGCUAAUGGACAGGUGCUUGCAAUACUCAAAAAACCCCCCA